CUGGCUGGGGGAAAUGUGACCGAAAAGGCCAGGGAGCUUCGAGGAAUCCUGAGAAGCCAGCCAGUCAGCCCCGGAGGUAGGACCAGGAGGAGCCCAGCCCUCGCGCGUGCGGCUUGGACUACGCUCCUCACCCGGGAGUCCUGGCUCCGAGUCUUAGCGUGGGACCAGAGGAGGAUCUGUCCUGCCCCCGGGAAUGGAAGCUCCAUGAGGAUGGGCAUCGCUGCCUGGGACAGCGCCUGGCCUGGCGCCGGGCUGCACCUCAGUCAAGGAAGCAAAGAGCCCAGUCCCAGACCUGGGAAAUAAACCAUGGAGCUGAGUAAAAAGGACCCAGCAGAUAACAAAGACAGCAACUUGGAGAAGAAAGAAUCGGGCUGGUCCUGCUGGCUCAUCGUGGCCUCGCUCGUGGGCGCCUUCGGCUCCUCCUUCCUCUACGGGUACAACCUCUCCGUGGUGAAUGCCCCGACGCAGCACAUCAAGGCCUUUUACAACGAGACAUGGGAAAGAAGGCUCGGACAGCCGAUAGACCCGGACACUUUGACUCUGCUCUGGUCAGUGACCGUGUCGAUAUUCGCCAUCGGAGGACUCGUGGGGACGUUACUGGUGAAGCUGAUUGGAAAGUUUCUGGGGAGGAAGCACACGCUGCUGGCCAACAACCUCUUUGCGGUUGCUGCCGCAUUGCUGAUGACCUGUGCCCUCUGGGCGGGAGCCUUCGAAAUGCUCGUCGUGGGCCGCUUUGUCAUGGGCGUAGACGGAGGCAUUGCCCUCAGCGUGCUCCCCAUGUACCUGAGCGAGAUCUCGCCCAAGGAGAUCCGUGGCUCUCUGGGACAGGUGACUGCCAUCUUCAUCUGCAUUGGCGUCUUCGCCGGACAGCUGCUGGGCUUGCCUGAGCUGCUGGGCCAGGAGAGCACCUGGCCGUACCUGUUUGGAGUGAUUGUCAUCCCCGCUGUGGUCCAGCUGGUGAGCCUGCCCUUUCUCCCCGAGAGCCCACGCUACCUGCUGUUUGAGAAGCAUGACCAGGCGGGAGCAGAGAAAGCCUUCCAGAGGUUCCUGGGCAAGGAGGACGUGUCCCGAGAGAUGGAGGAGGUUCUGGAGGAGGGCCGCAUGCAGAGGGACAUCCGCCCGGUGUCCGUGUGGGAGCUGCUGAGGAACCCCUGCGUCCGCUGGCAGGUCCUCACCGUGGUGGUCACCAUGGCCUGCUACCAGCUCUGCGGCCUCAAUGCGAUUUGGUUCUACACCGACAGCAUCUUUGGAAAAGCUGGGGUUCCUCCGGAAAAUAUCCCCUACAUCACCUUGAGCACAGGCGGCAUCGAGACCUUGGCUUCCAUCUUCUCUGGCUUGGUCAUCGAGCGCCUGGGGCGGAGACCUCUCCUCAUUGGCGGCUUUGGGCUGAUGACCCUCUUCUUUGGGAUCCUCACAGUCACACUGACGCUGCAGGACCGGGCUUCCUGGAUCCCUUACCUGAGCAUCUUCUGCAUUCUGGCCAUCAUUGCAUCCUUCUGCAGUGGCCCAGGCGGCAUCCCCUUCAUCCUGACCGGCGAGUUCUUCCAGCAGUCGCAGCGGCCGGCGGCCUUCAUCGUGGCGGGCACCGUCAACUGGCUCUCCAACUUCGCCGUGGGGCUCCUCUUCCCAUUCAUCCAGAAAAGUCUGCACACCUACUGUUUCCUGGUCUUUGCCGCGAUCUGCUUCACAGGGGCGCUCUAUUUAUAUUUUGUCCUGCCCGAGACCAAAAACAGAACCCAUGCAGAAAUCAGCCAGGCAUUUGCCGGAAGGAACAAGGCAUCCCCACCGGAGGGGAAGACCGACUCAGCUGUCACCGACAACAAGCCCAGCGAACAGCCUGACGCAGGCCCCUCCUCCACGCCGGACAAGCAGGUCAAAAACGGGAUUGUCUGAAUGGACGGCCUCGCCACCUGGGAGAGCCAAAGAUCCCCCUGCACGUUUAACAUUAUUAAGUAUUUAAAAAUAAACUAAUCUUUGCUCAUCUGACCUUGGAACCCUUUGGGCUUUAUUCACGGCUGACUCCCCCAGAAUUUUCUGGAAGCUGGGAGGAGCCCUCCAGCCCACGCUCUUGUGUAAGCCCACAGCCUGCCUCUUCCAUGUGUCAACGCAUGGUUUCAGAAUGAGGCUGGGGCACGAACGCUUGCUCAGAGGAAAACAUGCCCCAACGUGGGCUGGCGGACUGAAAAUCGCCAACUGCAGGCCUGGUCCCAGCUCUGCCGGAAGCAGCCGUGAGCAGCUCUCAGUCUGCACCCUGGAUCCGCAGUGAGCCACUGGCUUUGGUCCUGGGUGAAGGUUUUUGGAAUUCAGCUGAAAGACUCUUCAUACCAUCUGAUAAAUGCCCAUUUCCAGUCGCUGGCUCUGCCUUGCGGAUCUUGGGCUCAGGAGAGCCUGCGACCAACCCACCACCUUCUAGGCUAAGCCUCUGUUAGGCUGUAUCCCAUGGGGCUUGAGACCCCCAGCCCCAAAACAUCUUCCCCUCAGAGAAUCCAAGAUGUCACAGAGAACAGAGGAUGGUCACCACGUGGAAGACCUGGAGAGGCUGAUGUUAGAUGUACCUUCCUAAUUGCUGGGGCAGGCACUGCACAUUGAAGUCUUUUCAGCUGGGAAAAAACAGUAUUAAGAUUCUGAAGCUGAACCUAGGUCCCCUGGGAAAGGGCUCUGUGAUUGGCCAGCGACAUCUGCCACUGUGUGCUUCCUGUGUGCCACCCCUAGGAGAGCUCCCUCUGGAAGCCGGCGUGUCGGGCAGGGCUCUGCCGAGGGACAGACACACGCCCAGGCUCAGCUCGAGAUCCCGAGGUCUCAGCUCCAGACCAGAGCCACAAAGCCAGCGUUGCCAUAAAGUGAGUCACACACAUUCUUAGGGCUUCCCAAUGCACGUAAAAGUUCUUUUUGCUCCAUACUGCAGUCUAUUAAGUGUGCAAUAGCAUUAUAUCUAAACUGUGUACAUCCCUUAACUUAAAAUACAGGGUCCUGUAGAAGUAAGGCCUGCUGGAGCGUGGUUGGUAGGGUAAUGGUAUUGCUGUAAUAAUAAUUUACUGUAAUAAUUUACAAUAAAAACUGUAAUGGUUUACAGUUUUAAUUUGAACAUUUUACCUAAAGUGUCUAGGGUGUGCUUGAGUGUGAUAUAGCUGUGUUACAGAAUUACAGGAUUAUGAUUUUUGUAAUAAAAGGUUUUGUAAUAAAAAGGGAGGCGUUAUUUGU